AUGCCAAGAGAAUUGAUAUUUGUUUAGGUGGGCUAAUGUGGAAAUCAAAUAGGGAUGAGAUUCUGGGAUUUGGCCUUGAAAGAACAUGCCAAAGCAAAGUAAUCCCUUCUGUAUGAUGAAUCAUUGUCUUCCUUUUUCAGAAAUGUGAAUUCAAAAAAUUAGGAAUUGAAGAUAGGAGACCCCAUUCAAAAUUUAAAAGCCAGGGCUUUGAUUGUAGACAUGGAGGAGGGCGUGAUAAAUUAAAUAAUGAAAAGUCCUUUGGGAGAAUUAUUUGAGGAAAGAUAAUGUAUUAAUGAUGUAUCAGGAGCAGGAAAUAAUUGGGCUCAUGGAUUCUAUCAUUAUGGCAAUUAAUAUGAAAAGCAUAUUGAGGAGAGAUUAAGAAAGACUGUCGAACAGUGCGAUUCAUUGCAAUGUUUUUUUAUGACUCAUUCGAUUGGUGGAGGUACAGGUUCUGGCUUGGGAUCUAGAAUUGUGGGAUUAUUGGAAGAUAAUUACCCUGAAGUUUUUCGAUUUACAGCAUCUGUAUUUCCAUCUGGCGAUGACGAUGUUGUUACAUCUCCUUACAAUAGUUUGUUCAGUUUAUACGAGUUAGCCAAACAUGCUGAUUGUGUGUUUCCAAUUGAUAAUUAAGCAUUGAUUAACAUUGUGGAUUAAAUAGAUAAACCAAACAAGGCAAGAUUGGUAAAAGAAAAUGCUCAUGAGGGAAGUGUAGGCAUAAAGAUUACAUAAUUCGGAGAAGAGGAGAAGAGAUAAAAGCCUUUUGAUAAAAUGAACAGCUUGAUUGCACAUCUAUUAAGUCAUAUAACAUGUUCGAUGAGAUUCGAAGGAGCCUUAAAUGUAGAUCUCAAUGAAAUCACGAUGAAUCUGGUACCAUAUCCAGACUUGCACUUUCUUAUCUCUUCAAUGGCUCCAUUGUAUAGUCUUCUAGAUUCCAAAUUGUAACCAAGAAGAUUAGACUAGAUGUUCAAUGAUAUUUACCAUCCUGAUUUUCAAAUGAUCACAGGACAACCGUCACUUCAUAAAUACUUAGCUGUGGGACUUUUAGUUAGGGGAGAUGUUGCAUUUUCAGAUGUGAAUAGAAAUAUUAAGAAAUUAAAAGAUUAAUUGAAAAUGAUUUAUUGGAAUCAAGAAGGUUUCAAAUAUGGAAUCUGUAAUCAACCUCCAAUUGGUUAACAAUACUCAAUGUUAUGUUUGGCAAAUAACACUUGUAUUAAAGACACUUUCUAAGAAAUGACAGAUAGAUUCUAGAAACUCUACAAGAGAAAGGUUUACGUUCAUCAUUACAAGUAAUAUAUGGAGCAGUCCCAUUUUGAUGAGACCUUAAAUGGAAUAUAAAAUUUAAUGGUUAAAUAUUAAGAUUUAGAAAUGGCCUAACCAAAGAAAUACUAAAGAAUUUAACCAAUAUUUUGA